ACACACCCCAUUUUUUUUCCUUUCUCUUCUUAUAUAUAAUACAUUUCAUUUCUCAAUAUUAAAACUUUUUUCCAAAACUCAAAAAAACUUCUUCACCUUCUCAUGGCUUCAUCCUCUAGUAGUUUAGAAAACAACAACAACUCUUUAAACUCUUUCAACAAUUUCACUUUCUCAACACACCCUUUCAUGACAACAUCUUUUUCUGACCUUUUAGCUUCUCCUAUUGAUGAUAACAAAUUAAGGGGUGAAAGUGGUUUUGGUGAUCGUGGUGUGCCUAAAUUCAAGUCUACACCCCCUCCUUCUUUGCCUUUAACACCUCCCUCUGUUUCUCCUUCUAAUUAUUUUUCUAUUCCUCCUGGUUUGAGUCCUGCUCAGUUACUUGAUUCACCUGUUUUGUUAAACUCUUCCAAUAUUUUGCCAUCUCCUACUACUGGUGCUUUUUCUGCUCAAAGCUACAAUUGGAGAAACAAUUCUGAGGGGAAUCAACAAAUUGUCAAUGAAGAAAACAAAAGCUUCUCAAAUUUCUCUUUUCAAACUCAACAAGGACCUCCUGGUAAUGCAUCCACAACAAAUUUUGAAUCAUCAACAAUUAGAGUUCAACAGGAACAACCAUGGAGUUAUCAAGAAGGAAACAAACAAGAUGGAUUUUCAUCUGGAAACAAUAUGAUUCAAACUGAAAACAACAACUCUUCAAUGCAGAGUUUUUCCCCUGAAAUUUCCAAUGUUCAAACCAACAACAACAAUGGAUUUCAAUCAGAUUACACCAACAAUAACCAAUCACAACAACCUCAAACAUUAAGCAAAAAAUCAGAUGAUGGUUACAAUUGGAGAAAAUAUGGACAAAAGCAAGUAAAAGGAAGUGAAAAUCCUAGAAGUUAUUACAAAUGCACAUACCCUAAUUGUCCUACAAAGAAGAAAGUUGAGAGAUCAAUUGAAGGACAAAUUACUGAGAUUGUUUAUAAGGGUACUCAUAAUCAUCCUAAGCCACAAUCUACAAGAAGAAACUCUUCAAAUUCUCUUGUGAUUGUUCCUGUUAAUCCUAUCAUCAGCAAUGAAAUUCAUGAUCAAUCAUAUGCUAUGCAUGGUAAUGGACAAUUGGAUUCUGGUACUACACCAGAGAAUUCAUCAAUUUCAAUAGGGGAUGAUGAUUUUGAACAGAGUUCUCAGAAGUGUAAAUCAGGUGGUGGUGGUGAUGAAUAUGAUAAUGAAGAUGAACCUGAUGCCAAAAGAUGGAGAGUUGAAGGUGAAAAUGAGGAGGGAAUUUCAGCUUCUGGAAGUAGAACUGUAAGAGAACCUAGAGUUGUUGUUCAAACAACAAGUGACAUUGAUAUCCUAGAUGAUGGAUAUAGAUGGAGGAAAUAUGGACAGAAAGUAGUUAAGGGCAAUCCAAAUCCAAGGAGUUACUACAAAUGUACACACCCUGGUUGUCCAGUGAGGAAACAUGUUGAGAGAGCCUCACAUGAUUUAAGGGCUGUGAUCACAACUUAUGAGGGGAAACAUAACCAUGAUGUCCCGGCUGCUCGCGGCAGUGGCAGUCAGGCUGUCAACCGGCCGAUGCCGAAUAACCAUUCAAAUUCCAACAUUGCAGCUGCUGCCGCCAUAAGGCCUCUUCAGACUAUUCAAAGUCAAAGGCCAUCAGCACAAUCGCCUUUUAACCCUGAGAUGAUUCAGGGUCAAGGAAAUUAUGGAUAUUCGGGGUUUGAAAAUUCGAUGGAUUCGUACAUGAAUCAUCGUCAACAACAACAACAACAAAUAUCUGAGAAUGGUUUUUCCUCUAGAGCCAAGGAUGAACCUAAAGAUGACAUGUUCCUUGAAUCUUUGCUAUGCUGAUCAAAAGAUUCUUUCAUUUUUAGAAGUUAUGGAAGGUUGGAAAUUUUGGAGAAGGGUUAGGAUUUUAUUUAUUUGACAAAUAAGAUAAACUUCAUUCCAUUUAUUGCAUUGUUUUUUUGGAGCUUGUUUUUUUUUGUAAAUUUUUACACAGCCACACAGGGUGGGUAUAGUAUACAUUUCAAUGCUUUUAUGUCAUCAUACACAAGGUUUUUGUGCAAUUUUUUCAUUACUUUGUGGCUUGUCCUGACUCUAGUUAGGAAUAGAGCCUCAUUUUAAUUUUUUUUUUUAAGA